ACUUCCGGGGGAUUCGCCGUAUCAAAUUUCCCCCGGGAAGCAGGCCUCUUGACCAGCAGCUUGGGGAGCCCGAGCCGUUUCCCAGAACGUGCAGGGAGGGGAAAUACUUUCAGUGAUCCUUUAGAACACGCAUGUUUUUGUGUGCUUUUGUGGGUACAUUAUUUGGGACGUAUGUUCUUGGCGAAUUUCUUAAUCUGGAAGCCCGAGCGGACUAUAAAAGGCGCACGCAGCCCAAUUUCCGGAGGACAGAGAUUGCGAAGAACAACCAGGAAGCAGCUGGGUUGGGAGCUGUCCCCGGUUCUCCGCUUUGCUUUCGAGGGUGCCUCCAGGGGUCCCUAAGCCGCGGCCCCCCGACUGGUCCUAGGCUCCGGCCCGGGUCCAUCACUCCGGAGCUGCCAUGUCAUCCGAUUUCGAAGGCUAUGAGCAGGACUUCGCGGUGCUCACUGCAGAGAUCACCAGCAAGAUUUCGAGGGUCCCCCGUCUCCCGCCUGAUGAGAAGAAACAAAUGGUUGCAAAUGUGGAAAAACAGCUUGAAGAGGCCAAAGAACUGCUUGAACAGAUGGAUUUGGAAGUCCGAGAGAUACCACCACAAAGUCGAGGAAUGUACAGCAACAGAAUGAGAAGCUACAAGCAAGAAAUGGGAAAACUCGAAACAGAUUUUAAAAGGUCACGGAUCGCCUACAGUGACGAAGUUCGGAAUGAGCUCCUAGGGGAUGAUGGGAAUUCCUCAGAGAACCAGUUGAUAAAAUUACGUGAAGAGAGGGCACAUCUGCUCGAUAACACAGAGAGGCUGGAAAGGUCAUCACGGAGACUAGAGGCUGGGUACCAAAUAGCAGUGGAAACCGAACAAAUCGGCCAGGAGAUGUUGGAAAACCUCAGUCAUGACAGAGAAAAGAUACAACGAGCACGGGAAAGACUUCGGGAAACAGAUGCAAACUUGGGGAAGAGCUCCAGGAUUCUGACGGGGAUGUUGCGAAGGACCAAUAAAAGAACUAGCACUGUACAUCUCUCCACUGAAGAGAAGCAAUGGAGUAAGAGUCUGGGACUCCCAUCGUGCAGAGCAGAUAUUAUGCAUUUUAGAAUAGGGCAAGAAGCAAGCCACCGGAGAGGACGGAUCUAAUACCUCAUGCCUGCAAAGAAUCAUCCAGAACCGCAUCCUGCUCGUCCUCCUGGGAAUCAUCGUGGUCGUCACCAUCCUGACAGCGGUCACUUUUUUUGUCCGAGGACACUGAUGUAUCAGCUCUCCCUUGAUAAACAGCAACCGAGGCUUGUUCUGAGUAAUUAAGACAAAAUGGUCACAUGAAUCAUUCUUUUGCGCUGACAGGCCCUGGGUGACCCUCUCUCUCCCUCACCACUGUUCAGCUAAAGUGCAAAGAGUGUAAAAAUAUUUUCUAUUCCUGUUUGCAUGUGGGUUGGUUUCCUUUUCUAGAUUUGUCUUCACCCAGAUUUGCUUUUAUAGGCAAAGGUGAAUGUUUAUUUGCCUUUGGGUAAUGUCAUCUGUUGUCCAAAAUAACCUUGGUGACAGUCUUCCUUACCCUGCGGACAUGUGAGGGGUCAUGGUUUGGAAGAGGGCAUGAUGAGUCAGUCACUAGAGUUUCUGUCUGUCACAUAUCUCUUGUCACCAAAAAGUCCUUCUAUGAUGUCCAAGGAUAAAAAUGCAAAGAAAACCAGGGGCCAGGGCCAGGGCCCAGCUCCUGCAAGCCAGCCCUGUCCCUUCUCAGGCUUAACAAAUACAGUCAACCUGCCUGAGCACUUUUAUUGCAAAGGAAGGUAUUUAAUGUCACUUGUACAGGAAAUUGACUUAGCACUUUCCCUGUUUUUCUAUUGCAUAAUUUUUUUAACCCAAGAAUAUUUUUGCUGAACCUGCCCAAUAUCUACUUUUCUCAACUUUGGUUACUAGCCACAAGAAAUAUUUCCCUGCCUUCCCCAAAUCACACUGACCCCCAGAAUUUGCUGGCAAAAGGAACCCUGGCACAGUAUUUAAUGGUGACCUCAUCUUCCCUGACCCGUGUAAGCAUCUCUGUAUCCUUUCAGUUUUAAUAUCUGCUCUGCCAAAAGCAGCCCUCAAACAUGCAAAAGGUCUGACAAGGUUCUCUCCACAUCCAUUCCAGUAUGUAAAGAGAACAUGAAUAUUUCAGUAAGAGCAAGAACAUGACUGUCGGUGUGAAAUUUCCAAUGUGUUAUAAAUCUGGGGGAGUCCUAUAGGAGGAUCCACUAGAAAUAAACUUUGUGGAAAAUGUUCACUAACCUCCUUUCAAAGAAUGAGGGAUUGCGGAGAGUUACAAAAGGACCACUUGGGUUUUUUUACCAACAAAUGUUAGUAAAGCCUUUCCUGAAUUCACUGUAUGCCAACCUCCAA